CCUCCGCCCACUUAGGGCCCCGCGGGCGCGACCGCAGACAGAGCCACUUGCCCAUGGCCAACCUGGAGCGGCUAUCCUGAAACCGCCCGUGGAGGUCUCUUCUCUCUAGGGAUGGUGAAGUCAGGCCAAGUCUCCUUUAACCCUCCUCCAGGAUGAACCCCCUCCGAGACGAAAUGGACAACGCUCUCAGUGGGAGCCAGAGCUCUCAGGCCUCGCUAAGGGAAGUCCAUUCCAUCAACCCCACUCAGCUCAUGGCCCGGAUCGAAUCCUACGAAGGAAGGGGAAAGAAGGGCAUAUCCGACGUUAGGAGGACGUUCUGUUUGUUUGUCACCUUUGACCUCUUAUUUGUAACCUUACUGUGGAUAAUAGAGUUAAAUGUGAACGGAGGCAUUGAAAACACACUAGAGAAGGAAGUCGUGCACUAUGACUACCACUCUUCCUAUUUUGAUAUAUUUCUUUUGGCAGUUUUUCGAUUUAAAGUGUUAAUUCUUGCCUAUGCUGUGUGUAGACUGCGCCAUUGGUGGGCAAUCGCGUUGACGACGGCAGUGACCAGUGCCUUUUUAUUAGCAAAAGUCAUCCUCUCCAAGCUUUUCUCACAGGGGGCGUUUGGCUAUGUGCUGCCCAUCAUUUCAUUCAUCCUCGCCUGGAUCGAGACCUGGUUCCUGGAUUUCAAAGUGUUACCUCAAGAAGCGGAAGAAGAAAACAGACUCCUGAUAGUUCAAGAUGCCUCAGAGAGGGCAGCACUUAUACCUGGUGGUCUUUCUGACGGUCAGUUUUAUUCCCCUCCCGAGUCGGAAGCAGGAUCUGAUGAAGAAGCUGAAGAGAAACAGGACAGUGAGAAGCCCCUCCUCGAUCUCUGAGACACCUUUUGUUAAAUGUGAAAAACCCCUCCUGAAAGUCGUCAGAGCUGGGGACGGGGAUCUCCCUCAGGACAGUUGAAGGGGUGCCAUCCCCUGCUGACUUGGUCGGACGACUCCUGAAGAAUUUAUUUAUUGUAAUACCUCACAGACAUUGUACUCUAUCCGCAUACGUUUAGUAAGCUGCCUGGGGCUCAUAUGAUCGUUUGAUGAUCCCUUGUGUGUUCAGUGAGAAUGAGUCUGAUCUGUUCAUGGAAUCCUUGCAGAAAAGUCGUGUGCUAUGUUCCCAAUCAAAACAUUUCUUAAUAUAUUAACAUAACAUGUUUUUAGGAACCGAAGUACCUUUAUCUUUCGAUUCACAGAAUGGAAUCUUUGUUUUAUGUCUCAGCCUUAUUUUAUAUUUCUUUUUUUCACACCCUAUCUUUCUUUCCCUUGUGUUUUUUAACUCACGCACAUGCACUCUUUGUACAGUUUUAAAGCAUUAAUAAAAUCUGCCCUAUGAAAAUGCUUACUUUUUUCUUGUUUUACAUCAUAUAAUUGACCUAAAGUGUUACGGUUGUAGAUAUUUAAAAGGGGAACAAGCGGGACUGUGAAUCAAUGUAAGGUGUUACUUGACAUUUUAUACUAUUUUAUCACAAAACACUGUCUUUCCCUUAUUUUGAACCCACACUCUGAAACUGCUGUUUUUCCUUUGUGUUUGGCUAAUUGUAAUUCAAAUGAACCAACUUAUAUUGUGAACUUUUUUCCAAACAUGGAAUCUUUGCAACAUGCUUCUUGGUUUUCCUCAUCUUUCCUUCUGACCGUCAAUAAAGGCUUAGCUGUGUA